AUGAAAAACCCUAGAUCCAACGGUUAUAAACACCCUAUAAAAUCCACUAUAAACUAAAAUCCGUAGUUCGCAGUUCGCACCUCCUUUUUUAUUUCCUUCUCGCCUCUGUAGUUUCCUACACUCUCACACACUCACAGCAAAAAAUGCCGUUCAAGAGGUAUGUUGAGAUCGGGAGGGUGGCUCUCGUUAACUACGGCAAAGACUACGGCAAGUUGGUUGUCAUCGUUGAUGUUGUUGACCAGAACAGAGCUCUUGUUGACGCCCCAGAUAUGGUCAGAGGCCAAAUGAACUUCAAGAGGCUUACUUUGACAGAUAUCACAAUUGACAUUCCCCGAGUUCCAAAGAAGAAAACAUUGAUUGAAGCCAUGGAGAAGGCUGAUGUUAAGAACAAAUGGGAGAAUAGCUCCUGGGGUAGAAAGCUGAUUGUCCAGAAGAGAAGGGCAGCGCUCACCGACUUCGAUAGGUUCAAGCUUAUGUUAGCUAAGAUCAAGAAGGCUGGAGUCGUCAGGCAAGAGCUUGCAAAGCUUAAAAAGGAGAAUGCAUCUUGAAGUAAUUCUGAAUUAUGGGAUUUUUUGCUAGUUUUUUCAUCAAUGUUCCGUGAGUUCUUUUUGGGAUUGAUUUCGUUUUUCUAUUAAACAAAGGAUUAAGAUCUUUUGAGGACACCUUAUUUGCUGUAUGACAGAUUUUGUAGUGAGUUUAUUGCUAUAUAUUGCUUGCUCAAUGUGGUUGCA